AUGGCCACAGCCCUGCACCGUGGGGUGCAUGCUGCAGGCAGCAGCACCUCGCGCUCUCGUUUGCCACAGCGGUCGCUCAUCGGCCGUCCGGUGCCGGCUCCUUCCGUGUCCAUUCGCGGCAUCACGACCUCCUGGCCCAAGUGGCCCGUCAUGCCCUCCCCACCCCAGUAUGGCGACUAUGACGUUCUCGACGUCUCUUCAGCGAUGUCAUCGUACCCGGACCCCCUCCCCGUGCCAGACUCCAUCCGGCGGCCUCCAUACGUGCCCGCCAACUUCUUCACCGCCCCGAUUUGGGAGCAUGAAGAGACAACGGAUAACAGCGCAGCGUCCAAGAUCAAGUUGGGGACACGGGCACACGAGCGAGUCCGCGCAGCUGGACAGGCUGCGGCUGAGGUUCUGGCCGAGGUUGGAAAGCUGGUCCGGCCGGGUAUCACCACCGCACAGCUCGACGAGGCUGCUCACGCGGCCAUCUUGCGUCGCGGCGCGUAUCCCUCCCCACUUGGGUACUCGCACUUCCCGAAGAGCUGUACGACCAGCGUCAACAAUGUUGUUGCUCGUGAGCUGACUGAUCUGCAUCGACCCCUCCUCUCCACUGACAUCAUCAACCUGGACAUUACGCUCUUCCUCAACGGCUACCACGGCGACACGAGCGCCACCUUUGUGCUGCCCGAGACCGACAAGCAGGGUCGCGAUCUCGUCGAGGCGACGCGUGAGGCUCUCGAGAUUGGUAUCAGGACUUGCGGACCUGGGAAACUGUACCGUGGCAUUGGAAGGGCGAUUGACCAAGCUAACAACUCUAGGGAAUUCGCACGCAAACACGGUUAUGGCAUCAACACGCAGUUCUCAGGCCACGGUAUCGGCCAGCGGUUCCACCAGGAGCCGUGGAUCUUGCACCACCAGAACACGGGCACGGAGAAGAUGAGCCCCGGAGACUGCUUCACUAUCGAGCCACCACUCGUGCAGGGCAUGAAGACUCGGGGUACACUGUGGGAGGAUGGGUGGACAGUGACGACCGACACUGGCGCCCGUUCGGCACAGUUUGAGCACCAGGUACUCAUUACGCAUGACGGAGUCGAGGUGCUCACGCGACUGGCCGAGUAA